AUGGCCGGUGUUAAUAAUCAAUCGAUUCACAACAAUUAUACAUACAGCAUUCCAUCUGACCAGGGGUAUUAUAUGGACUCUAAUUAUACUUACAGUCUUCCUUGGGAUCAGAUGCACUAUACAGACCCGGAUUACGCAAACAGUCUCCCACCAGUUAGUAGAGGCUCUAAUGGCAUCUAUCUUCAACCUCCCAGUCAAGUUUGCUUUCCUUCUGAUACCGGGCCUCUCGACAAUAAUAACAUCUCCACGAGCGAAAAUGAACCGUUCUGUACCCCGUCCUACGGAUACGUCGAAAACAAUGAAAAUCGAGUCAACAAUUCGGUUCUUCCGAUGAAUUAUAAUUCGAGUAAUACAGUUCAUUCUCCGUUUAUUUACCAAACAUCAGGUCAAACGCAAUCUACUUCUAGCUUUUCAAACAACGUAAGCAUGAUGUCAAACGCUACGAGUCAUGGACAAGUAAUAAUUAUUAUGAAUGCUGACAUUGACUUGGAAAGAUUACUGUUUAUUAUUCAAUCAUGUGGGAGGGUGGAAAGAAUAUACAUGUAA